GCCACUGAGUGCGGACCGUGCAUGCGCACUGACCAGAGGGCGUACUUCUUUAUCAAGAGCUUGAUAAAAGAGCACGCCUCUCUGGUCAGUGCGCCCAUCAGUGCUGCCUAUCUGUGCUGCCUAUCCAUCCAUCAGUGCUGCCUAUCUGUGCCACCUCAUCAGUGCCGCCUGUCAGUGCCUAUCAGUGCCACCUAUCAGUGGUGUCUAUCAGUGCCCAUUAGUGCUGUCUAUCAGUGCAGCCUCAUCAACGCACAUCAUUGAAG